AUGAACGGCAUACCAAAAGAGCUCGUCGCGUCGUCCGGGCAAUUUCGCUUCUUCGUCGGCCCCGAUGCCAAAGAAUAUACCAUCCACUCCGAUCUCGUUGCUCUCCAAUCUCCGGUGCUCAACGCCUUGGUGGGCGGAGGCUUGAGCGAGUCGAUUACUCAAUCCGUGAAAUGGGAUGAUAUCGACGAGCCAUCUUUCCUCAGCUUCUGGGAAUUCGCAUACACGGGAGACUACGACGUCUCAGACGUAGCCUACAGCGGCAGUGGCUCUAAUGAUCCGAGCUCCAGCGACGACGACAAAGAGGCCACAGAUGGUCAGGACGAAUCAUCUUCCAGCGGAGACGAAUACGGCCACGAAGACGAGGCAGAAUGCGAACAACAAGGAGUGUGGGGUAUUCAGGGAUUGUUUUCAUCAAAAGCCAGGAACCUACACCGUCCCGCGAUGACCUGGAGUGAAUAUGUGCUUGGGACGGAAUAUCCGCAAGAUGUCAAAGCCGGAGACUACGCAGGCGCAGUCUUGCAUCACGCACGAGUCUACAUCCUGGCAGAUCGCUACGCUAUCAAUCGCCUUAUGAAUCUGGCAAUCCAUAAGCUGGGCACAGUGAUGAAAAACUGCGCCAGGCCCGAAGACAAAACGCAGGGCAUCAUGGCAUUGCUGCAACUCUGCUACACGGAUUUCGUGCCUGAUCGAUUAACACGCCUUGCAACUCACCAUGCUGCCGACAUCAUUCUUCACUUGUGGGAGCUCGAAGAAUUUCACGGGUUGCUCGAUACGCACGCCACUCUAUCGAAGACAAUGUUGGAGUUGUUUUUGCCCGUGGCCAAUGAGUCUACGAGUGAGAUGGAUGAUUCUCCCGUGCCCAAUGAGUCUACUAAUGACCCUGACAUGAAUGAAUUUUUCGCUAGUUUCCCUAGCCGUAUCCAUCCGCCGGGCACGUCUUCAACUUCAGGAUAG